UGCAAACUGAGUUAAUAAAACAUUCAAAAAAAAUGUCAAUAAUUAAAGCAUUUGCAUCAAAAAGAGUUGUUUUAGAAAAUUCAACAAUUCCAGCAAUAAUAUUAGUUGAAAAUGAAAUAAUAAUUGAUAUUAUUAAUGGAUUGAUUGAUGAUGAAAAAGUAAAUUUAAUAAAUAAAUAUAAAAAUAUUAUAAUUGAAGAUUUUGGUGAGCUUGUUUUGAUGGCUGGAAUUGUUGAUAGUCAUGUACAUUUAAAUGAACCUGGAAGAACAGAAUGGGAAGGUUUUAAAACUGGUACAAUAGCAGCAGCUGCUGGUGGUGUUACAACUGUUAUUGACAUGCCUCUUAAUUCAUUACCACCAACAACAACAUUGAAUGGACUUGAAUUAAAAAAACAAUCAGCAAAAGAUAAUAUAUUUAUUGAUGUUGGAUUUUGGGGUGGAAUUAUACCUGGUAAUAUUAAAGAAUUAAAACCAAUGAUUCAAGCUGGUGUUUGUGGUUUUAAGUGUUUUCUUUGUCCAAGUGGUGCUGAAGAAUUUCCUCAUGUUGAAUAUUCUGAUAUUGAAAAAGCUAUUGAUGAACUUGAUAAUACAAAUUCUGUGAUACUGUUUCAUGCAGAGUUGGAAGAAAACAUUGACAUUGAUGGCUUGGAUACAAAAUCUUAUGAUACUUUCUUAAAAACUAGACCAUCAAGUAUGGAAAUAAAUGCCAUUAAAAUGAUUAUUCAACUUUUUCAAAACUCAAAGGUCAGAUGUCAUAUUGUGCAUUUAUCAGCAUCAGAUGCACUUGAAAUUUUAAAAAUUGCUAAAGAAAAAAAUGCAUUAUUAAGUGUUGAAACUUGUCAUCAUUAUUUAUCAAUUGUUGCUGAAGAAAUACCACCAAAAUCAACACAAUUUAAAUGUUGUCCUCCAAUUAGAAGCUCAAAUAAUCGUGAAUUACUUUGGGAUGCAUUGAAAAAUGAAAUUUUAGAUAUGGUUGUUUCUGAUCAUUCACCAUGUACAGCAGAAUUAAAAACUGAUGAUUUUAUCAAAUCAUGGGGUGGAAUAUCAUCUUUACAAUUUGGUUUGCCAUUAUUUUGGACAGAGGCAAAAAAACGUAAUUUUAAAUUACACGAAAUAUCAAAGCUACUAUCAAAAAAUCCAUCAAAACUAGCUGGUUUAUCAGGCAAAAAAGGACAAAUAAAAAUCAAUUAUGAUGCUGAUUUUGUUGUAUGGUCACCAGAAGAUACAAUUACAAUUAAAAAAUCUUCAUUAUUAUACAAAAAUAAAAUAACUCCAUAUGACAAUCGUACUCUAAAUGGUAAAAUAAUUUCAACAAUAUUACGUGGUAAUUUUAUAUUUAAAGAUAACAAAAUUAUUGAUAAAUCAAUCGGUAAAAUUAUACCUGAUAAAAAAAUUUAAAUAAAAAAAAAUAUGCGUCGUUGUUUUGUUAUGUAGAAAAAAAAAACAUAAUUAUAUGCAUGACCUUGAAAAAUAAUGAAUCAUGCAUUGAAUGACGUCAUCAAUAAACUUUCUUAACAAAUAAAAUUGUUUUUUUUUUAAAUACUAAUAAACAAUUUAAAAAAAAAUAAAAAAUAAACCAACAAAAC